AUGCUAGAGCGAACUUCCUCAUGUCUUGAACUAGCUUCUCAGCUACUUCUUCGCCAAUCCGAUCUUCCUAUCCGUACCUCUAGAGCCUUGGGUCCUGGCUUCUGGAGAAAUGCCGCCGAUCAGCUUCCUCUUCAUCUCCCCUCCUGGUGGCCCGUUGAAAUCACCAACGACUCUCCCUAUAUCCCCAUCUCACCCUUACCAACAUCCGAUGGCCACUCGAUGCGGACGGGUCGCCACCCGCUACGCCUGCCACCCAACCCAAAGUUCUCAAGAUCCUACACUAGAGCCCUCGCUCUGAGCCAAGCUGGACAAGCCACAGAGCUCUCCGACCACAGUCUCUCUCGGCCCUCACGUAACGCAUUCUUAGGUCACCAUGACCAAGUUCCAUUUCAAACCUUGGAGGCCAAUCUGGAGUUUUACAGCCACGCCCAAAACCAACCUACUGAUACCGUCUUGGAGAAUAUAAAUUCCCUGUUUCUCAAGAUCCCCAAUCAAGCCGACUACGCUACGCGAUUUCUGCAGGUUUUCAGUCGGUCUUCCAACAAUCACCAUCUUGCCUCAGCGCUCGGCGCCUUCGACCUGAUCAGCUCCCACAAUCGUUCCCAAAAAGACUACAGCCGUGCUGUUCAGACUGCUAUCAAGUUGACCAAGUAUCGGAAAGCCGCUUUCAUCAACAAAGAAGCCACAAGCCGGCGUCGAAACCAAGAUUGCAGUGCCCUGUUGCUGGUUUACAGUGUUUCGAACCAAUUAUGGUCCCUUGCGGCCCAAGUGUGGAGUGAUUCUUUCCAGGUUCGAACUCCUCCAUACCAUGAACCAGAACUCCGUAGGGAAAUUGCCCGUCAGACAGAUCUACAGCAGAAACUACCAUCAGCACUUCUUGAGCUCGGCAAAAGUUUGAGUCCUUCCGACCCUGAUCCUAUGAUCUGGAAAAUCCACGGCGUGCUCAUUUCUCUUGCUUCCACGUUCCAACACUUACUUGUCGGGAGUAGCACCUUGAUGGGCUCAAUCAAUCCCAAAGGUUUGCAAGACAUUCUUGAGAUCUACUCCUCGUCAACCCAAGUUCAUCGCACCGCCAUAGAUACUCUACACAAGUCUAAGCGAAGGAGCGACAGAGGGCCUUUGGCCAUGCUUGUGUAUCGCCAUUUACGAUCUUCCCACCCAGGUUAUGUGCCAACUGCUGCCUUGCUGGGCAAACUUAUCGUUAUGCACUGUGAAGACAGUGCCCCUGCAGACAUAUUGAUAUCUCUCCUCCAUGAAUUUGCUGCUCAUCAUGGAACCCCUGAUCGUCUCGCUUAUCAAAAAAUCAUUUCCGCCCUCGCCCGUCAAGGUGAAGUCACUAGCGUGCAGAGCGUAUUUCUCGACCUAUGUCGUACCCAUGGCCGACCAACGGAACCUGUGUACUAUUCUCCCCUCAUUUACGUCUAUGCUCGCGUGGCUGACCACGAGGGGGCGCAAUCGGUUUUCUCGAUGAUGGAAAACACAGGAAUCGAGCGCAACACAUACUCCUGGAAUAUAUUGAUCCACGCGUAUGUAAGAGCCGGACUGCCUGAGCGUGCUCUGCAACUCUUCCAGUCCAUGAUGGCUGAACAGGUAGCCCCUGAUCAACAUACAUUUGGUACUCUCAUGUCAAUACAUUCAGCCUCUGGUGACAUCGACCAGGUCAUGCAAGUCGUGGAACUCGCUCAGCAGUACAAUCUUCAGGCUUCUUAUGAGAUGGUCGCAGGUGUAGUUCACUCUUACUGUCUCAACGAUCGGAUUGAUGAUGCCAUUGAAUUGGCUGUUGUAUCUACCAAGACACAAUAUCCAGGAACCCCUGUGAAGAUGUGGAACCACAUUCUGAAGUAUUAUGCUUUCCGAGCCCAGCCCGAGAGAGUCGCGCAAAUUCGAGAUCAAAUGGCCGAUCUCGGUGUUUCGCCCGACGACAUGUCUUACGCCGCAUUCAUGACAGCCCUCAUUGUUGUUGGCAAAACAGAACAAGCCGCCAAGAUCCUCAGGUCCCUAGACAUCGAGCAAGGCUUCGUAGCCUCCCGCUUUCACUACACUAUCAUCCUUCAGGGAUUUCUACUUGAAGAAAACCGAGAUAUGGCCCAAGUCAUCUGCAGCGAAAUGGCACAGCGAUUUGUCGACAUCGGCCCAAGCGCACGAUUGGCGAUUCAACGCAUGAGAGGUCAGCUAUCUCUCGAAGCUGGUCCCUCAGCUUCCGUGAAUGCUGUUUCCGACUACGUGGCGGAUUUUCUGAUUGCGACAAACAUGGCGGAUCGCGCAACCAAGGAACCACAGCGAGGGAUUGGACGUCGUAAAAAUGUUGAUGCUUUUCCAUCUGCAUUUGUUGAAGAUCUUUUAAAGCUCUUGAUCAUCAAGGGAAGAUUCAGGCAGGCUGGAUCUCUCAUCGAUCGCUUUCAAUCACUCGCCGAUGCAUCACAUCUCGGUAUGAACCCUUCUAACGCAGAGACAAUUCAGCUUUUGACAAGUCGGAUCGCGAUAUUGAAGAGCACUAAGGACUGGAUCUCCAUAGAAGAAGCUUGGGAACGUAUUUUCAACGUAGCUAUUCGGAUCGGUCAGUCAGUCACAGUUUCUACGCCGGGUGAUGGCGAUCUUCCAACGCUCGAAACACCUCCACCAGUCUCUGUUCCUACUCUAUCUACGGAUUCUGACACCACUGCGAUCACUGAAGCGCAUCCAGAGACACCCCAAUCACUCGACGCAGGGAAGCCCAAGAUUUUGUUUUCCCAGCGUUUCAUCCUGAAAGAUGCCAUCACGAGGUAUCUCAGUGCACUAGACGAGCAGAAGUUGUAUAACAAGGCUGCCAACACGGUGAAGGUACUUGAAGCAUGGGGAUUUGCAUUGACAAGCAAAAACAUGAAUUUCUACAUUCAAAUAUUGACGCACUCGGAGAAUCUGGAGCACAACAUAUUGGCUUUCCAACUAUUCGAAGAAAAACUACUUGCGAAUACUCCUCCUUGGAAGGCGCUGGUGCGAGGAAAGUGGAAGGCUACUGAUUCUUCUAAACGUGAUACCGAUGUCUCACUUCAUGACUUUUUGGAUCGAAAAGUUGUUGAGAAGCAAAACCCAGGCCUUCUGAUGCCGACCUAUUUUACCUGCGUUCAUCUCGCCAUGCUACUUCGAGAAUACCAACAGAUUGCCGAGAGAGGAGCAGGCAAUACCGUACCCCUUCUUUCGGUUUCGAAGGCCGCUCCAGGUACAUUCGAUUUCAUCCGCAGGAUACCGCAUAUACCUGAUCGAAUUCAGAGCGUCCUGCUCCGCGACAGAAAGCUUAUACGAGGCGAUCGUCUUAAGUUGACGGCUCAGAUGCGGAAAGUCGAUCGCUCUGGCGUUCUAGAAAGUCGGUCGCUGGUGGACCAUGUUCCAGCUGAUGUUGCCGAUAGUCUUGAUGAAGAGUUUACCUUGCCUUCACCAAAUGCAGACACGGCGGUUUCACCAUUGGAUCUUAGUAAUACUGCCAGCCUGGACAUCCGGGAUGAUGACAUUGAAGACCUUGUGGAUCAGUUGGCAGAUUCGUCGAGGCAAGACAGUGUUUCUGAUACCUCUGCUCAAAUCGUGGCACAAGGCGAGCGAUACGAGGGAAAGAUCAACAGGUCUUAUUCAUAUCUAGACCGCGAGGGUCGAUUCGAAACAGUGGAGGAGAGGCACGAAAGAAUCAAGAAUCAAGAGACGAAACUCGUCAAGGUCGUCCAAGCCAUGGAGUCGGACGUUAAAGAAAAAAGAGUCAUGAGCGAUAUGCACUUUGGUCGUCCAACUCUCAAGGCCCCUAGGAAAGACAUGCAGGGACUGAUAAAAAAUUUUAGGGAGACACGUCUGAACAAUGGCCGCCUGUAUAACUUGAGCCUGCAGCAUAUUGAAUUCAAAGCACUGGCGACUAGGCGAGCGCAAGCGAAACAAAUCGCAGCAAUUGGCAAUGCAGACGGCAGUCCAGCUUCUUCGAAUAUUGUUGCCAGGAAACCCAUCCCCUCCUCACGAGCUCAGGUUAGCAAGUCACAUUCUAUGGGUACGUUUCUUGGAGCUCCACCAGGACCAUAUGGAAAACGAGCACUUCGUCAUGCUAAAGAUCCUCGUUUACCUCGAGACGUCAAAUUAGUCGCCAAGCUUGAAGACAUGAAUCCUUUACCGCAGGUACUCCUGAAAGGAUUCAGUAAAAACCGCGAAGAGCGGCACAGGCAGAGUUUCCGCAACAAGGUCCGGAUGGAGUGGUUCGCACGGCGUGCGCAAGAAGACCUCGAAAGGCUGAAAGCAGAAGAAUUGGAAGCAAUCAGCCACCAAGGUCUGCUGUACAAGACACUGGAUCAAGAGGUGGAGUUAAACCGAGCGAGAGCUGAAGCAGCAAAGGUGAACCAACACGAGCUCCUACAGGCGCAAAGACUUGAGGAGCAGAAACUCGCCAACGAGCGUAUUAUGAAUGUGUACCUCCCCGAGAGAUACCGCAGGGAAAAACAGGAGGCCAAAAUGCUUGCCGAGCUUGUUGACGAGAGUCGUAAUGACGAUGAUGUGAGGGGAAAGAAAAAAUAA